CCAAUUCAUAUCCUCGGCAGCAGCAAGUGUGGUGUCGUGUCGCCUUGACAAAUGCCCUGCUUGCCGUCCCGGCUCCAAAAGCACGGGGAAAUGGCUUCUUCUGCACCGGCGGCCGAGAGAGCGCACGCCGUGUGCCUGCCGGCGGCCGCGCAGGGGCACAUCAUCCCGAUGCUGGACGUGGCCAAGAUGCUCCACGCCCGCGGCUUCCACGUCACCUUCGUCAACACCGAGUACAACCACGCCCGCCUCGUCCGCUCCCGCGGCCCCGCCGCGGUGGCCGGCGCCCCGGGCUUCCGCUUCGCCACCAUCCCGGACGGCCUGCCGCCGUCCGACGACGCCGACGUCACGCAGGACAUCACGUUGCUGUGCAAGUCCACCACGGAGACCUGCCUCGGGCCCUUCCGCCGCCUCAUCGCGGACCUCAAGGCAGGCGGCCCGCCCGUGACAUGCGUCGUCUCCGACGUCGUCAUGGACUUCGCCAUGGAGGCGGCCAGGGAGCUCGGCCUCCCCUACGUCCAGCUGUGGACGGCCAGCGCCAUCAGCUUCCUCGGUUACCGCCACUACCGCCUCCUCUUCGCCCGCGGCCUCGCGCCGAUCAAAGACGUCGAACAGCUGACAGCCAAGUACCUUGACACGCCGGUGGAGGACGUGCCGGGCCUGAGGAACAUGAGGUUCAGGGACUUCCCGAGCUUCAUACGCAGCCCGGCCCCGGACGACUACAUGCUGCAUUUCGCGCUCGGGAUAACGGAGCGCGCGGCCGGUGCGUCGGCCGUGAUCGUCAACACCUUCGACGACCUGGAGGGAGAGGAGGUGGCGGCCAUGGAGGCGCUCGGCCUGCCCAAGGUCUACACCAUCGGCCCGGUCUCGCUGCUGGCGCCACUCAAGGGUCCGAGUUCCACCAUCAACAUGAGCCUGUGGAAGCCGGAGGAGGAGUGCCUGCCGUGGCUCGACGGCAAGGACGCCGGCUCCGUCGUGUACGUCAACUUCGGCAGCAUCACCGUCAUGACCAACGAGCAGCUGGUGGAGUUCGCGUGGGGGCUGGCCAAGAGCGGGAGGCACUUCCUCUGGGUCAUCCGCCCCGACCUCGUCAAGGGCGACACCGCCGUGCUCCCGCCGGAGUUCUCGGCCGAGACGGCGGGGCGCGGGCUGGUGGCCUCCUGGUGCCCGCAGCAGGAGGUGCUGCGCCACCCGGCCGUGGGCGCGUUCCUGACGCACAGCGGCUGGAACUCGACGCUGGAGAGCAUGUGCGGCGGCGUGCCCGUCAUCAGCUGGCCGUUCUUCGCGGACCAGCAGACCAACUGCCGGUACCAGUGCACCGAAUGGGGCGUCGGCGUGGAGAUCGACGGCAGCGUCCGGCGCGACGCCAUCGCGGACCUUAUCACGGAGGUCAUGGAGGGUGGGAAGGGGAAGGUGAUGAAGAAGAAGGCGCAGGAGUGGAGGGAGAAAGCGGUCAAGGCGACCGAGCCCGGCGGCUCUUCUCGCCGUAACUUCGACGAGUUGAUCCGCGACGUGCUAGCCCCAUGUUUCCACGGCAGUUAAUCCUAGCCAGUGGUGUACCUUGAUAAAAACAAAGAAUAGUGUACCUGCUCCAUGAUGUAGAUCUCUUGGUCUACAAAUCGUUUUAUACCGCAACAAAAACAUAAUCCAUUUCUGUAGUGAUGAAUGGAUUGCAUUACAACAAAUGAAAAGAUGCAAAAGUUGUACGGUGAAGGGCACAUGAAACACCUGAAACAGCAGGGCUGUCCGAGAAUGCAAGGUUAUAGAGAAAAUGCAACUGUUUAUCAUAUAUGGAAACACAACUAUUUUCGGAGAAUGUUUGAAUGAA